AGGGGAGGGGCCCGCUGGGAGCCUGAUUCUUGAGGCAAACUUUCCAGUAGCCUUGCCUGCCUUCCCUUCCAGAGCUGACGGACAACAGGAGACAGAAGGACUCCCUAACUCAAACUCCUGCCUGAAACCAAGAUCUACAACCAGACGCAACCAUGUCCAGCAAACGCGCCAAGGGAAAGACCACCAAAAAGCGUCCCCAGAGGGCCACCUCCAACGUCUUUGCCAUGUUCGACCAGUCCCAGAUCCAGGAGUUCAAAGAGGCCUUCAACAUGAUUGACCAGAACAGAGACGGCUUCAUCGAUAAGGAGGAUCUGCAUGACAUGCUGGCCUCUCUGGGUAAGAACCCCUCUGAUGAAUACCUGGAGGGAAUGAUGAGUGAAGCACCGGGACCCAUCAACUUCACCAUGUUCCUCACAAUGUUCGGGGAGAGGCUGAACGGGACAGACCCAGAGGACGUCAUCCGCAACGCCUUUGCCUGCUUUGACGAGGAAGGAUCAGGCGUGAUCCACGAGGACCACUUGAGAGAGCUGCUGACCACGAUGGGCGAUCGCUUCACAGAUGAAGAGGUGGACGAGCUGUUUCGGGAGGCACCUAUCGAUAAAAAGGGAAAUUUCAAUUACGCCGAGUUCACCCGCAUCCUCAAACACGGAGCCAAAGACAAGGAUGACGAGUAGAGGAGGAAGACGACUCCCCUGCAUCUCCUUGCACACCACGGAUGAUCCCCAAUUUCUGUUCCAACGCCUCAAAUGAGCAAAGAAUUGGCAGGUGUCCCAAAAGUUAAAAAACAAAAACAAACUAAUAAUGUAAAAA